AAGCGAACGAAGCAAAACACCCUUGGCAAGAGUUUUUCUCGGGGGGAAAAUGGAGGGGUCUGCUUGUUACCGCUGUGUUGAAUGCAGUACAAAAGCGACUGAGCUCUACAAGGAUUAUCAACGUGGUGUGCUGCGGAUCUCUAUCUGCAAAUCCUGCCAGAAGCCAGUGGACAAAUAUAUAGAAUAUGAUACUGUCAUCAUCUUAAUUAAUGCUAUCUUAUGCAAAGCACAAGCUUACAGACAUAUCUUAUUCAAUACAAAAAUAAAUAUUCAUGGAAAGCUUUGCAUAUUCUGUUUACUUUGCGAAGCUUAUCUCAGGUGGCUGCAGUUACAGGAUUCAAGUCAAAGUACUGAUCCUGAUGAUUUAAUUAGAUAUGCCAAAGAAUGGGAUUUCUAUCGAAUGUUUGGAAUAGCAUCUUUGGAACAAACUGCCUUUUUGACUGGCAUCUUCACUGCUCUGUGGUUAGCAAGAUCUGAUGUUCUGAAAACCAAAGCAAAUUUCAUAUUUCUUCUGAAAGCAUUGCUGUUAUCCAGCUAUGGAAAACUUCUACUGAUUCCAGCAGUUAUUUGGGAGCAUGACUACACCCAUCUGUGUCUCAAGCUCAUUAAAGUAUUUGUAUUGAUGUCAAACUUUCAAGCAAUUAGAGUCAUUUUGAAUACUAGCCGCAAACUGUGUCUGAUGAUCAUUUUGAAUGGAUUACUUUUCGAAAAUGGCAUCAUUUACUUGUUCCAGAAAAUAGGAUGGGAUGUUUGAAACCAUCUUGUUUCCUUAGGAUGACAGUGAAAAUAUUUCCUUUGAAAUCAUUCACUUCAUCACUGGUCAGUAUUUGAUAAUUUUAAACAAAGUGGUAAAGAAAUGCUGAAUGUAAAUGAAACUUUCUAUGCCAAACCAACCAAUUGACCCAUAGUAAUUUAACAAUGAUGCACUGAUAUUUAAUUUUUAUAACAAUUUUGCUAUUUUUGAUGUGAUUGUGUAUUGAAGAAAGAAUAUUGCUCUUUUAUAAUUUUAGAUUAUAUAGCUGUGUUCUGUUUUUUUCCUCCUGCAUUAAUUUGUAGUUAAAAGAAAAAAGGUGAUUGUUUUAUUGUAAAGUACAAAGAAGAAAAUGAUCAUACUAAAAAAGGCAAAAUGAGAAAACAAGGGAAAAAAACAGCUUGACUCAAAAAUGUGUUCUGACAGCCACACAUAAAACCAUAGUAAAGUGGCUUCACUUUGACAUUUAUGGCAAUUAUGCUACUGAAAACACUGGAAAUAUAUUAUUUGUGGAGUUCUCAUACUUUUAAGUUGAUAUUUAUACAUCUUUCAAGGAACAAAUAUAAUUUUGUAGACAUAUUUAUAAAUAAAGGGUUUUUUUAUGACUAAAGGCAAUACACUCUUUUUUUAAUAAACAAUAUUAUACCCACAUAUUUAGGAGAAAGCUUCAAGGCAGUCAGGUUAUAGACGUAUGCAAAGGCUUGAACAAAUACUGCUUAAUGUUGUUAUUGCUUCAUUAAAAGUAAGCUUAGCGAUGUCAUCCUAUGAUGUUUACUCAGAAAAAGUGUACAGAACUACAAUUACUCCACAAUAAAUCUAUA